AUGACUAUUAAUACAACCACCGAUCCGAUCCAUGACGAUAUACAUUCAAACGAUUCUUUUUCAUGUAUAUCCACUGCUCAAGCACUUUACCAAACAGCAGCAUCCCAAAUUAGUACUGUUUCUACGCCUGAAACUCUCUAUAAUUUACUCGAAAAGAUUCAUAGUCUAGUUACUGGCAUACAACGGAAUGGACUUGCAAUCGAAUCCAUGGUCGAUGCAUCUGCAUUGGAAACAAUCGCAUUGCUAUCUUUGGCUAAAAGUGAAUCCAACCACUUGAUAUACUUGUCCGAAUUUAAAUGCAUUAAUUUGCUUUUCAAGAGUGUAUUUCAUGUACUGGAAUCUACAAAGAAACUGAUACGAACUAGCAAUACUAAACCGACGACAGAACAUGCCAAAGCUCGAAACAAUCCCUGCAUUACGGAUGAGCAUAUGGGCCAACUCCAGAAAAUAUACAGCUCGGCAUCAAUCGCUGCAGAAAAUCUGAUGGCUAGCGUAGGAGAAUCUGCCAAUAGCAUCAAUCUCUCCGCUAAAGAAUGGCCAGCAAUACUAAUGCUGAUGCUUCAAUUUGUGGAAUUUGCACACGUUGAGCAUGAUUUUGCACUACUGAAUCAUGGAUGGAAGCAUAUUGGUAUACUAUUGGCAGCGAAUACUCAACUAAUGCCAAAUGAAGCGCUUGGUGUCAUUUGCAUGGAACAUUUGGAUACUGCUACACGCAGGCUGACUUUAUUACCAUUGUUAUCAAACGAUCAUCAUACCUGUCCGGAAAAGUCUUUAUCGGCACUAUGCUCUUUAGUCACUCAAUGUACUUUGGAUGGAAUGCGAGGACCAGAUUCAGUACUACUUCAAAGUGUUUACACCACGCUUCAGUUUUAUAUUCACUCUGUGAAUCAAUACAACGAAUCUCACAAUCCCCAAUCUGAUCAAAACAACUUGGAUACUUUGGUUGACGCCUAUGAUAAAACAAACACAGUUCAACAUUCAGUAUCUGCUGGAACGUAUUAUGCCGUCAAGGCACUGUUGUGUACAUGCACACUUCCAAUGACCAUAAACUCACGACGAUCUCUACCAUGGAUGAACAGAAUUGAGCAAAUAUUUCAUGCACUAGAGUCGAGUGAUUCGCGUUUACUUGUGCUUCCCAUCCAUGAAGCUCAGCCAAUGUACACAGAUAUUCUUGUGUCGUUUUGUGUGUUUUCUCAUGGACUUGACAGAGUAUCUGAAUGGCCACAAUUUGAGCAUAUAUUUUGGAGGAUAUUUUUCAACUGUACACAAUCAACUACGUGGUUGUUGAUUACAGAAUUCUUUGGACAUGUGUCACGAAACACUAAAAGUACAAAAGAUGGCUACACUUUUGCAAAAACAAUGGUUUCUGCAUUGAUUCCAAGAUUGGCCUCCACGUCACCAUUAUUUCCUCGAAUGACCAGACUGGCCUGUCUGCUUGGGCUUGAUAGUUCAGCGAUCGUCUUGAAAUCUAAUCCGUUUCUGAGUCCAAAAACUUUAAUGCCAGAUUCAUCUGCACUUUUGUUGAGCAUAUCUACCAAUGCUGAUCUAGUGAAAUGUCUCUGUCAAUUUGAACUGAUCCAACCCUUUUCUACAACCCAGCAAUACCAACUUGGAGUGAAUGAUCAAAAUAUGGCAUCGUUGAUUAACUUAUUGUAUUGUAUCUGGACAAGAUUGUGCCAUUGCUUGGACACAGAAUCAGAUGUUUCAUACGCGGUGGUAGAGUUUCAACGUUUAGCAUUGGUAGCCGUUCCUCUUGCGCGAAUCAUUGAAUGGGAUUUUUUAAAAACGCUCAGUCAUCAAUUUCCCUUGUCGUGCAAAUCUUUCAAACAGGUGUUUGGUGCUGACAACGAAACAUUUAAAAACGUAAUCAGUAAACCGUUACUAUUAUAUAUCGAAGGUGCGAGUGGAGCAUUAGAACAUUCUAAAUCAAUGAAUAAUCCUGGCGAAGCAUUUUGCUUGACUAUAAAAGCGUGCAUUGCUUUGACGGAUUUAGCUUGCUCAAUUUCAGCUAAAUUCGAUACAAGUCAAGCGUAUCGAAUACUUUGUUCUUUUGAUGUGUGGAUGGAAACUGAUGUAUCAGAUUCAACGCUUGUAUUUCACGUAUUGCGUUUUAUUCGAUUGACUGCAACACAUCGAUUCAACAGUCUUGUUGAAGUGUCACGGAUUUUGGAUCGUAUAAUGCAAUCAAAAAACAGCGAUUGGGUAACCAUUCACACUGCAACCCAGACUGCCAUUGCAUUUGCGUCAGUAUCUCCAAUCGGUGCACCCAAACUCUCGGCUGUCAGCAGAUCUCUAGUUCAAGAGUUACUGAGCAGAUCAGCUGUCAAACCAAAAUCAAUGCGACUUGCUAGCACUGUAGCAGCAGAUACGCUGUUGACCAUAAAAGGAUAUAAUUUGAAAUCACACUUGAUUGGACCCAUUACACUUUCCACUGGGUCGGUAUCCACAUUGGCAUCAGAUCGUUUGUCAUCUCACAGCAACUCCAAUCUGAUGGAAGUACUUAGUGCAUUGGACAAGUGUCUUCAGUCAAAACCAAAAAGCAGAUUGAAUCGGAUUGAACGGCAGUCUUUGCAGCAAAUGGCAGAUCAGCUGAGGUUGUAUUUUACAGACUGA